GUCCCCCCCCCCCUUUUAAAGAAUGAGGAAGGGAGUCUUUCCUCUGUGGAUUCCCCUUAAGAAAGGUCUCUCCUUGCUCAGCUACCAUUUAUGCAAUUAUACUAUAGACAAAAAUGUGAACAAAAUGGUUGCCUAUCGAAAGUCGUAUGAAAAGGAAACACUAUGCGGAGGGUGGAUUCCGUGGAGGACUUGCACCAAAACCUAUUACAAUGAAGAAUAUCACCCUGUCACAGUCCCAGAGAGUAUGAAUCUGACAGAUUGCUGCAAUGGGUAUGAGCAAGUUGGUCUCUACUGUGCCUUAUCCCUAAACAGUUCCAGUGCAUUUGCCUCAAGACCUGGUGCCUGUCCAACAAAGGAAGCGGAAGUGUUAAAUAUUUCGUGCACAUUGGAUUUGGAUUGUCCAGAACAUAAAAAAUGCUGCGAGACAUCAAAAGGCACUGGCUGUUCCGAACCUGUAUCAGAAGAGCAAACAGUGCCAAGAUACUGGUAUGAUGUGUCAGUCCUGGUGAAAAUGGAUUUUGAUGAGUUAAAAAGAGUGGAUCCAAAACUUCUGAAUCAUUCACGGCUUCUGCACUCUAUGAUUACUGGCGCACUAUGGCCCUUGGAUGCCUCAGUGUAUCAUAUUCAUACCGCACAGGCAGAACCCUAUACAGAGACAUUGGUUUCUCGGGUUCUGAUUGGACUGCAAGAACUGGUUCCACUGGCAAACGUUUCUUCUUUGUUGAAGGACAUUGUGAUGCGAGUGUAUGAAGUUAUCGACAUAGUUGUCCAAGAUGCCACAGACUCUGGUCCAGAUUCACUCAAUAUUCUAUUUAAAAUAAGAAAUUAUUCUAUUUCAGCUACAAAUUCAACAUCUGCAUCACAAGAACUCAGCAGACCAGUGGAUUCGAAAUGCUUAAUUGCUAUUGCAGAUGCUCCAGCUAUUAGAAACCACAGGAUCUUCAGUGUUACUAGCAGCAGUUUUGAAGUGGCUUGGAGUGUGAAUUCGACACGGAACCAUUCGUUCAAUAUAGAAAUAUACAAAGGCAAAGAACUUGUGCAACAAAUGGAAACCAAUGAUACCAAACUAGAUGUGUUCAAUCUGGAAGCAGGCAUAAUGUACACAGUGAACGUCAGUGCUGAAGAUUGUGGCAAAAAGACUGUCUCAAGUAGAAAAGUAAAGACAGAUGCCUUAGUAUUUGGUUUAACAAUAAGGAUCUUGAAUUAUAACUUCACGGAUCAGCUCCUCAACACUAGCAGUAUCGAAUAUCAGGCAUUUUCUAGCAUUUUGAUGACUGAGAUCAGAAAGUCACUUCCUUCAAAUAUGUCUGCAUUAUACCAGAUGGGAAAGCUGAAAGUGCAAAUAGACUCUCUUAGAGCUGGUAGCAUUGUCGUGAAACUUAAAAUCAUAGUCGAAGACUCAUUAUUUCCAAAAGACUUGUCUGCAUUUGAGCCAAUGAUUUCAUCACUGUUCAACAGUCCUGCAUUCCUUGUUGACCAAAAUAGCUCUCGAGUAGAAGACUGGAAUGAAUGUGCAUCCCGGGCAGAGAAUGAUUGUUGCAUGUAUGCAGAAUGUAUCAAUAUAUUGGGCUCAUAUAUGUGCAGAUGCAAGACAACCACAGAUGCCAAUCCAUCCCGACCUGGGAGAAACUGUGAGGGUGAUAUUGUAGAUCCGGUUACAGAAAUGGUGCCUGCAUUUGAAGCAAAUGCUACAGAAGGACUGCCUGGGACAGGUUCCACUCCUCUGGCAAUGUCUGAAGUAAGGGCAGUGACUUCAUUCACGUCUAAGUCCACUGAGACAAUAAUAUUGCCCUCAAAUGGGACCCAAGAGUCAAGCACUCUUCCGCCAGACAAAACCCUGUCAGCAUCUCAGAGAAUGACCACUUCAGGGUAUGUGAGGAACAAUUACAGCCAGAGUACUUCAGAAACUCCUGCUCCAGUAACAAAAAAGUGGAAUAAUGUAACGACCACCGGGUAUGUCAAGAAUAAUAACACCCUGAAUACUUCAGAAACUCCUGCUCCAGUAACAAAAAUGUGGAACAAUGUAACUACCACAGGGUAUGUCAGGAAUAAUAAUACCCUGAGUACUUCAGAAACUCCUGCUCCAGUAACAAAAAAGUGGAACAAUGUAACUACCACAGGGUAUGUCAAGAAUAAUAACACCCUGAGUACUUCAGAAACUCCUGCUCCAGUAACAAAAAAGUGGAACAAUAUAACUACCACCGGGUAUGUCAAGAAUAAUAACACCCUGAGUACUUCAGAAGCUCCUGCUCUGGUGACAAAAAAGUGGGACAAUGUAACUUCACCAAAUGAAAACUUAGUUGAAGAGAGAUCAACAACACAAGAAAGGCAUAACUCUUCAAUGUCCAUGUUUCCUGGCGUUUCAAAUAUUACAGUUUAUCCAUUUGUGAGAAAUGGCUCUGAAGUAGAGACAAGUACACCUAGCCUCAUAACUGAGAGAAGUUCUCAGCAAAAUGCAACUUCAGCUCUGAAUGUAACACAACACCCCACAUUUUAUGUUCUAAAUCAUACCCUUGACAAAGAGAUGGGGAAAGAUAACAGAUCUUGGGCUGAGAAAAAUCCACCCACAACAUUACCAUCUUUGUCUGGGGGCUACACAGUUGUCACCCCUGCCCCAGAUUGUGGUGUGCGCUUUCCAGCUUCAAAUAUCAUUUUUUCCAAUGUAACCAGUACCAGCUUUCAAGUAACUUGGACCACAAAAGUUACACUAAAUGCUUCUUUCCACUUUCUGUUGCUUAAUGGAAAGGAGCUUAUACAAGUGCUGAAGACCCAGAGCCCCAACCUGACUAUUUCCGGACUAGAACCUGGGAUUUUGUACACUGUUGAAAUUGGGACAGAAGUUUGUGGAAAUAAAAGCAAACCAGUACAGCAUAAAGUAAAGACAGCUGCCCAGAUACUUAGUGGAACCGUCAGGAUAUCAAAUCUCAACUAUAGCUCAGGGUUCAACAACACAAGUAGUGAAGAGUAUCAAAAUUUUACACAGUUGUUUCUCACUGAGGUCCAUACGUCUCUGCCCCUUAAUAUUCUUCCGAAAAUGGAUGCUGGCUUGAUUAAAAUGUUGAUAACAAGUGUGACUAAUGGAAGUGUGGUGGUGAGCUUCAACCUCCUGAUUCCUGAAGACAUGGAUGCAAACAACGUUUCCAGUUCUUUCCUUGAGGCCUUUCACCACAGCCGCCAUUUCAUGAUUGAUAACAGCAGUCUCUCCAUACAUGAUUAUGAUGAGUGUGAGAGGGAAGAAACAGAUUGUUCUUCUGAUGCAUCUUGCUCUAAUACUUAUGGAUCUUAUGAAUGCAGCUGCAAAGAAGGAUUUGUCAACGCGAAUGCUGAGAGACCUGGGAGAAACUGUGAAGCACUUUCCCCCAACCCUGAUGCAGGAGGUACCCAGACAAAAGACCUGAGCAGCACAGUUUUACCUUUGACACAUCCAUAUACUUCAAACCAUGUGCCAUCACCUGCUGGAGAGGAUUCUUCUGUCCCCCAAACCAGAAGUUUGGAAAAUGCAACUACCAGCACUAUAUUUAGCAAUGCAUCUACAGAACUAAUGCUGAAUGUUCAAGUCUCACCCUUACCACCCAGUAAGCCUCCCCAGGGGUUUUUAAUUAAGAAAGCAGUCAGAGUGCUUUGCGAGAUUGAAAAAAUUGUCAUCACCAUUCAGAAGGACUUUUUGAAGCAAGAAUCUAUCCCAGAAUCUUCCCUGUACCUGGGAAGGCCCCACUGCAAUGUAAGCUCCAGCAAUUCCAGUCAUGUCAUACUUCGGACUGGGUGGAACGAAUGUGGAACUGAAGUACAAACCAACACAACACACACCAUAGUAAAAUCAGUUCUUCGAAAUGAUCUGCUUUCUUCAAGGGUCAUCCGCCACCUGAAGGUUGUCAGUCCAAUUCUUUGUGUGUUUCAAAAUGACCUCUUGACUUCAUCUGGAUAUACUCCAGAAGGGGUUUAUACCAUUUUUGAGGAUUUACAUGGAUCAGGACGCUUCUUAACAGAAAUGCAGCUCUUCAUUGGAAAUGCUCCAAUUCCCAAAAAUUUCACCAUCUCUGCUAGUGACGACCUAAUGAUUGAAGUGGGAAUACAGAGACAUGAUAGCAACCUCAAGGUGGUUGUCAGCGAAUGUUGGGCAACUCCAACUAAUAACUCAAAGGACCCUCUGUCAUUUCCUUUUAUAGAUGGCAGUUGUCCAGUUCCAAAUGCACACACCACUAUGAUUUCAAAUGGGAUAUCCAACAAAGCCCAAUUUAAACUGAAAAUAUUUUCCUUUGUCAAUGACUCAGUGGUUUAUCUACAUUGCAAAAUCCAUGUUUGUCUGGAAAUUCCGAGGAGUACUUGCAAGACGAACUGCAAUGGUUUCCGUUUGAUGAGGACUGGUGAAACUAUUGCAAUGCCCAAUGCAUCAUGGGGGCCUCUGCGCAAAUCCAGUGAUGAAGAAAAGCGUGGCUUAGGAGCAGGUUACACAGUCCUCAUUGUCAUUGGUGUAUUUGCCUUUAUAUUGGCAAUAACAGGUCUUUUAGUUUUCCGACACCAACACAAGGCUGGGGCAUACAAUUUCAAAAUCAAGUCUGACAAUUUUAACUACCAAGUGUUCUAUGACUGAACAUUUCAGUUUUCCAAAUGUAAGUUCUACCUUUCACUGAACUAUUGUUCAAAGGGCUAGCUUGUGUGGUCCCUGGGAAAUCUUUUAAAACAAGUUUUCCCUAGUGCAAAUAUAUGGACUGGA